CGAGCCAUUCAGCUCAGCCGCCAUGGGUCAAGCAGCAUCGCAGUCAAUGUCAGCGGCGCCCUCUGCGCCCGCGUCAUGUCCAAUUGACCAUUCCGCCGCAAAAGCCUCUGUCUCCUCCGCCUCCUCCGGGCCCGCGAAGUGCCCCAUUGACCAUACCAAGGUCGCCUCCUCAUCCACUGCACCCCAGCCGCCAGCGCAAUGCCCAAUAAGCCACGACGCGCCCACGGACGGCAUCAACCCGCUGAACCAGAUGCCGACGCUCUCGCAGGCCCCAGCAGCACACCAGGAGGCAGCGCUGCCGACCGACCGCGAGACAUCGACGAUCCCGCGCGACGACGGUGCGCGCUGGGAAUACCCGUCCCCGCAGCAGUUCUACAACGCGCUCGUGCGUAAGGGCUGGGAGACCCCGGAGGAGCACGUCGAGACCAUGGUCCAGAUCCACAACUUUCUCAACGAGCAGGCGUGGCUCGAGAUCCUCAAGUGGGAGAAGAAGGAGCUGCCCAGUGAAGCGGAACCGCAGCUGGCGCGCUUCAUGGGCCGCCCCGGAGAGCUCUCGCCCAAGGCCCGUUUCUGGCUCUUCGCCGGCUGGCUGCUACCCACCCGCUUCAACAAUGAGCCGCCGUUCGACCGGCAUGACUGGAUCGUUCGGAGGAAUGGCGGGCAGGAGGUGCGCUACGUGAUCGACUACUACUCUGCGCCGCCGGAGCCGGACGGGUCGCCCGUGUUCUCGCUGGACGUGCGCCCUGCACUUGACAGCGUCGGGAGCAUCAAGCAGCGCAUACUCGCUGCGACCGAGGACGUGUGGGCGAAUUUCCGCGAGGAGAGCAAGCGGAAUAGCUCGCAAGGCACGCAUUGACACUACGCCUCUCUUCCCGCCUACGUCGCAUCCCCUCGAGAUUCGUAACCUCUCCGCCUCCCAUGCCCGACCCACACCACUCUCCGUCUUGGUUUCACGACACAUUCACGACCUUGGACCUGCCCAAAAGUUGUCGCACCCCUAGUAUAUACAUCACACUAGACGCAGCUGUGAGAUCUUCCUAUAAUGCAUUAAUACGUCGUAAAC